GAGAUGCAGCGAGAGAGUCUGGAGCUCUGACCCGGACGUCAAACUGCAAAGACGCUGAGCCUCGUUCACCACAGGAGGCCGGGACCACCAGAGAAGGGAAACAAAAACGAAGGAGUUUCAAACCAAGAAGGGGGACUAACAGAAAAACAACCAAAACUUCAUCCUCCAGAUUCUUCUGCAUCUUCAUUCUCCAUCCUGUCAACUCUUGGUCUCCUCUCGCUUCUGCAGAAACAACAGGACUACAAGGGAACCGGAGAAAGACGAGGGGACGUUUAUUAAGAGAGACUGAUCCACCAGCGCUCACGUAACACAUGGAAACAUUACAUUUCCUCAGUCAGAGAUGAAAACUUCACGCCUCUGUGUGCCUCUGAAUCCCUGCCAUAGCCCUCACAUGGUGACUUCUGAUGUCCUGCUAUCCACCUGAAGCUGAAACAUGGUCAUUCUGCAACAGGGGGACUAUGUGUGGCUGGACCUUAAGACGGGUCGAGAGUUUGACGUCCCGGUGGGAGCCGUGGUCAAACUGUGCGACUCCAGACAGAUCCAUGUCCUGGACGAUGAAGGGAAGGAACACUGGAUUUCUCCUCAGAAUGCCACCAACAUCAAACCCAUGCACCCGACCUCGGUGCACGGCGUGGAGGACAUGAUCCGUCUGGGCGACCUGAACGAAGCCGGCAUCCUCCGAAACCUCCUGAUCCGCUACAACGAGCGGGUCAUCUACACGUACACAGGCUCCAUCCUGGUGGCGGUGAACCCAUACCAGCUGCUCCCGAUCUACAGCCCCGACCAGAUCCGCCUCUACACCAACAAGAAGAUCGGAGAGCUGCCGCCGCACAUCUUCGCCAUCGCAGACAACUGCUACUUCAACAUGCAGCGCAACAACAAGGACCAGUGCUGCAUCAUCAGCGGUGAGUCUGGAGCCGGGAAGACAGAGAGCACCAAGCUGAUCCUGCAGUUCCUGGCAGCCAUCAGCGGGCAACACUCCUGGAUCGAACAGCAAGUCCUGGAGGCCACGCCCAUCCUGGAAGCCUUCGGGAAUGCCAAGACCAUCCGUAACGACAACUCCAGCCGCUUUGGGAAGUAUGUCGAUAUCCACUUCAACAAGCGAGGCGCCAUCGAAGGAGCCAAGAUAGAGCAGUACCUGCUGGAGAAAUCCCGAGUGUGCCGACAGGCUCCGGAUGAGAGGAACUACCACGUGUUUUACUGCAUUCUGAAGGGCAUGGCUCCGGAGAUGAAGGCUAAGCUCGGCCUGGGACUCGCCACGGACUACUCCUACCUCACCAUGGGUAAGUGCACAGCGUGUGACGGCAGAGACGACCUGAGGGAUUACUCCAGCAUCCUGUCGGCCAUGAAGGUCCUCAUGUUCACGGAGACGGAGAACUGGGAGAUCUCCAAGCUGCUCGCCGCCAUCCUGCACAUGGGAAACCUGCGCUACGAGGCUCGUACGUACGACAACCUGGACGCCUGUGUGGUCGUGAGAUCCCCAGACCUGGUGACUGCUGCUUCACUGCUGGAGGUGGACCCGAAGGAUGUGAUGGUGUGUCUGACCACACGGACUCUGAUCACACGGGGGGAAAGUGUCGCCACGCCGCUUAGCGUGGAGCAGGGCCUGGACGUGAGGGACGCCUUCGUCAAGGGGAUCUACGGGCGGCUGUUUGUCUGGAUCGUGGAUAAGAUCAACGCGGCCAUCUUUAGACCGCCGUCCUGCGAGAGCAACAUCGUGCGGCGCUCCAUCGGGCUGCUGGACAUCUUCGGGUUCGAGAACUUCAUCGUCAACAGUUUCGAGCAGCUGUGCAUCAACUUCGCCAACGAGAACCUGCAGCAGUUCUUCGUGCGGCACGUCUUCAAGCUGGAGCAGGAGGAGUACAACCUGGAGGACAUCAGCUGGCAGCACAUCGAGUUCACCGACAACCAGGAUGCUCUGGACAUGAUCGCCAACAAACCCAUGAACAUCAUCUCGCUGAUCGACGAGGAGAGCAAGUUCCCCAAGGGCACCGACGCCACCAUGCUGUACAAGCUGAACUCACAGCACAAGCUGAACUACAACUACAUCCCGCCGAAAAACAGCUACGCCACUCAGUUUGGGAUCCAACACUUCGCCGGCGUGGUGAACUACGAGACCAGAGGGUUCCUGGAGAAAAACCGAGACAGCCUCCACACCGACAUCAUCCAGCUCGUUCACUCGUCCAAGAACAAGUUCAUCAAGCAGAUCUUCCAGGCGGACGUGGCCAUGUUUCUGUGCGGCUAUCAGCAGCCCAGCACUCCCAUUCCUAAGGGUGCAGAGACUAGGAAGCGCUCCCCCACCCUGAGCAGUCAGUUCAAGCGCUCUCUGGAGAUGUUGAUGCGGACGCUCAGCGUGUGUCAGCCGUUCUUCGUGCGCUGCAUCAAACCCAACGAGUUAAAAAAACCCAUGCUGUUCGACAGAGAGCUGUGUAUCCGUCAGCUGAGAUACUCCGGCAUGAUGGAGACCAUCCGGAUACGACGGGCCGGAUAUCCCAUCAGAUACAGCUUCAUGGAGUUUGUGGACCGAUACCGAGUCCUCAUGCCCGGGGUCAAACCCGCCAACAUACAGGAAGACCUCAGGGGAACCUGUCAGCAGAUCGUUCUCGCCCAGUUCGGGAAACUGGGAGACUGGCAGAUCGGGAAGACCAAGAUCUUCCUCAAGGAUCACCACGACAUGCAGCUGGAGAUCGAGAGAGACAAAGGCAUCACAGACAAAGUCAUCCUGAUCCAGAAGGCUGUGAGAGGACUCAAAGAGAGGACUCACUUCCUCCGGCUGAGGAGCGCUGUGACUUUGAUCCAGAAGGUGUGGAGGGGCUAUCGGUGCAGGAGGAACUUCCAAAAGAUGCAGACCGGCUUCCUGCGCCUCCAGGCCGUCUACAGAUCCAGGAAGUACUACAAGAGCUACCGGACGACCCGCCUCCGCGUGACCAUGAUCCAGGCGCGCUGCCGAGGCUUCCUCAUCCGCCAGACGUUCUGGCGGCGCCUCCGUGCCGUGUUGACGCUGCAGGCGUACACCCGCGGCAUGAUCGCCCGCCGCCUCUGCCAGCGGCUCAGGGCAGAGCUGCAGCGCCGCCUGGAGGCCGAGCGGCAGCGCCUGUCUGAGGAGGAGCGCCUGCGGAACCAGAUGACGGCACGCCGGGCGAAGGUGGAGGCGGAGAGGAAGCACCAGGAGAGGCUGGUGCUGCUCACCCAGCAGCAGGAGGACCGGGAGCGGGAGGAGAAGGAGGAGUCGAGGAGGAAGAAGGAGCUGCUGGAGCAGAUGGAGCGGGAGAAGGAGCAGCCUGUGGAUCACUCCGACAUGGUGGACCGGAUGUUCGGGUUCCUGGGGAACUCCGGACCGCUGCCCAACCAGGACGGACGAGCCCCUGCAGGAUUUGAAGACUUGGAGAACACCGGUGAGGAGGCUGAAGAGGAGGUGAUGAAUGAAGCCCGGCCACUGCCUGAGGAGGAAGAUGAGGAUCUGUCCGAGUACAAGUUCUCCAAGUUUGCCGCCACAUACUUCCAAGGAGUUUCUACUCACACCUACAUCAGACGAGCUCUGAAGCAACCGCUGCUCUUCCACGAGGACGAAGGAGACCAGCUGGCUGCGUUGGCGGUGUGGAUCACCGUGUUGAGGUUCAUGGGAGACCUGCAGGAGCCCAAGUGUCAGGUGGCGAUCAACGACGGCAGCGAGAAGAUCCCCGUCAUGACGAAGAUCUACGAAACCCUCGGCAAGAGGACGUACAAGAGGGAGCUGCAGGAGCUGCAGGUGGAGGGAGAGAACAGCGCCAUCGAGAGCCAGAAGAGGAACAGCGUGAGACAUAAACUCGUGUCCCUCACUCUGAAGAGGAAGUCUAAAAUUGCUGAGGAGGUGACCCGGCGUCUGACGGAGGGGGAUUACGGCCUGCAGGGGAACAGCAUGCUGGAGGACAGACCCACCUCCAACCUGGAGAAGCUUCACUUCAUCAUUGGGAAUGCCAUCCUAAGACCUGCCCUCAGGGAUGAGAUCUACUGUCAGAUCUGCAAACAGCUGACCCAGAACUCGUCUAAGAGCAGCCACGCCCGAGGCUGGAUCCUGCUGUCGCUCUGCGUCGGCUGCUUCGCCCCCUCCGAGAAGUUCGUCAAGUAUUUACGGACGUUCUUGAUCAACGGCCCCCCCGGUUACGCUCCGUACUGUGAGGAAAGGUUGAGGAGGACGUUUGUGAACCGCACCAGGACACAGCCGCCGUCAUGGCUGGAGCUACAGGCCACUAAAUCUAAGAAGCCCAUCAUGCUGCCGGUGACGUUCAUGGACGGGACCACCAAGACCCUGCUGGCGGACUCGGCCACCACGGCCUCGGAGCUCUGCAACGCUCUCGCCGACAAGAUCAACCUGAGGGACCGCUUCGGGUUCUCGCUGUACAUCGCCCUGUUCGACAAGGUGUCGUCUCUGGGCAGCGGCAGCGACCACGUGAUGGACGCCGUCUCUCAGUGUGAGCAGUACGCGAAGGAGCAGGGCGCCCAAGAGAGGAACGCCCCCUGGAGGCUGUUCUUCCGGAAGGAGAUCUUCAACCCCUGGCACAACCCGUCCGAGGACCACACCGCCACCAACCUCAUCUACCAGCAGAUCGUACGGGGGGUGAAGUUCGGGGAGUACCGCUGCGAGAGGGAGGAGGACCUCGCAGAGCUGGCCUCUCAGCAGUAUUUCGUGGACUACGGUCCUGAGGUCCUCCAGGACCGGCUGCUCAGCCUCAUCCCUUCCUACAUCCCCGACAGAGAGAUCACCGCCACCAAGACCGCCGAGAAGUGGCUCCAGCUCAUCGUCAGCGCCCACAAGAAGGGAUUACAGAGUAAACGCAGGCUGAACACUCAGAGGGUGAAGGAGGACGUGGUGGAUUUUGCUCGGUUAAAGUGGCCUUUACUCUUCUCUCGCUUCUACGAGGCCUUCAAGUUCUCAGGCCCCAGUCUGCCGAAGAACGACGUGAUCGUGGCAGUGAACUGGACCGGGGUUUACUUUGUGGACGAGCAGGAGCAGGUCCUUCUGGAGCUUUCCUUCCCAGAGAUCACCGCCGUGUCCAGCAGCAGAGGGGGAAAGCUGCAGGGCCAGAGCUUCACGUUGGCCACCGUCAAAGGAGACGAGUACACGUUCACCUCCAACAACGCGGAGGACAUCCGGGACCUGGUGGUGGACUUCCUGGAGGGUCUGAGGAGGAGAUCCAAGUACGUGGUGGGACUGAUCGACUGCCCCAACCCCGUGGGGGCGGUGGACUCCACCUUCCUGAGUUUCUCCAAGGGGGAUCUGAUCAUCCUGGACGAGCACAGCGGGGAGCAGGUGAUGACGUCGGGCUGGGCUCACGGUAUCAACGACCGGACCAAACAGAGAGGAGACUUCCCUGCAGACUGCGUCUACCUGCUGCCCAGCCUCACCCGGCCGCAGUACGACAUCGUGGCUCUUGUGACCAUGACUCCUGAUCAGAGGCGCGAGUCCGUCAGUUUGUCUCAGUUGAGCGUCUCCGACAUCGAGGACAAAACCAAAGCCUACACGCUGGAGGAGUUCUCCUACGACUACUUCAGGCUUCCUCCGAAGGGCACUCUGAGCCGCGUGAUGAUCCCGAAGACUCGGGGGAAGGAGCGUCUGUGGAGCUGCAGCCGAGAGCCGCUCAAACAGCCGCUGCUGAAGAAGGUGCUCGCCCACGAGGAGCUCUCCCAGGAGGCCGGCCUCGCCUUCAUGGCCGUGAUGAAGUAUAUGGGCGACUACCCGUCCAAACGAGCGCGCUCUGUCAAUGAGCUCACGGACCAGAUCUUUGAAGGAGCGCUGAAGGCCGAGCCGCUCAAAGACGAGGUCUUCUGUCAGAUCCUCAAACAGCUGACUGAGAACACCAUCAACUACAGUGAGGAGAAGGGCUGGGAGCUGCUGUGGCUGUGCACUGGUUUGUUCCCUCCCAGUAACAUCCUGCUGCCUCACGUUCAGAAGUUCCUGCAGGCCAAAAAGCAUUACCCACUCGCUCCGGACUGCAUGCAGCGGCUGCAGAAAGCCUUACGGAAUGGAUCCAGGAAGUACCCCCCUCACCUGGUGGAGGUGGAGGCCAUCCAGCACAAAACCACUCAGAUCUUCCACAAAGUUUAUUUUCCUGACGACUCCGACGAGGUGUUUGAAGUGGAGUCGAGCACGAAGGCCAAAGAUUUCUGUCACAACAUCUCCGGACGUCUGCAGCUCAAAUCCUCCGAGGGCUUCAGUCUGUUCGUGAAGAUCACCGACAAGGUCAUCAGUGUGCCCGACGGCGACUUCUUCUUCGACUUUGUGAGGCACCUGACGGACUGGAUCAAGAAAGCCCGGCAUGUGAAAGACGGUGUGAUGCCUUCUCUGACGUACCAGGUGUUCUUCAUGAAGAAGCUGUGGACCAAUACCGCGCCGGGGAAAGACACAAUGGCCGACUCCAUCUUCCACUACUACCAGGAGCUGCCGAAGUACCUGCGGGGUUACCACAAGUGUCAGAAGGACGAGGUGCACCAGCUGGCCGCUCUGAUCUACCGGGUGAAGUUUGAGGACGAUAAAUCUCACUUCCUCAACAUCGCCAAGAUCCUGAAAGACCUCGUCCCUCAGGACCAGAUAAAACACCUGUCCCCCGACGACUGGAAGAGGUCCAUCAUGUCGAUUUUCAACAAACACUCGGGGAAAUCUCGAGAAGAAGCCAAACUGUCCUUCCUGAAAAUCAUCUACAAGUGGACCACGUUUGGCUCGGCCUUUUUUGAAGUCAAGCAAACAACUGAUCCAAAUUACCCAGAAACCCUCCUGAUAGCAAUCAACAAACAUGGAGUCAGUCUCAUUGAUCCUAAGACUAAGGACAUCCUCACCACUCACCCCUUCACUAAGAUCUCCAACUGGAGCAGCGGAAACACGUACUUCCACAUCACCAUCGGAAACCUGGUGCGCGGCAGCAAGCUGCUCUGUGAGACGUCUCUGGGCUAUAAAAUGGACGACCUGCUGACCUCGUACAUCAGCCAGAUGCUGACGACGAUGACCAAACAGAGAACGUCCCGGGGCAACAACAAGUGAUCCCCACACACACACACACACACACACACAGCUCUGUGAUUUGUUGGUGGUUCCCUGUGACCCCGUGAUGCCAACUUGUUCAUAAAUGUUCUUAAAAACUCACAUUUUGCCUUUAAUGAUGUUUUUCGGGCGGCAAUUUGGAUGGCUUUCUCUCCCAUUAAAUCAGAUGAAGUGCUUAUUAUCUGAUGUUUUAUAAACGAUGCCGAUCAAAAGCUAGAGAUGUUCUGCAACACACUCGUUUUUAUUAAAGAGAAAGGAUUGGUACAAUCACUAAACCCAAACGUUCCUCGAAUCAUCAGUGAGUUUUCUUCAUUAAUUAUCCGUAUCCUGGAACGAUUCAAAGAAAGACCAGAAAGACUUGGAACCCCCCCCCCCCGAAGUCUAUUUGUUAAUUUGUGUGUGUUUUGUGACGUAGCAUUUUGAAUCCUUUAUUUAUGCUCAGAGUUAUUAAGCCGGCAUCAAUUAUAAAGUCAUUAAUGCAACUUCAAAUGUAGACCGCCGAUCUCCGCCGGUGUUUCCUGUUUCUUUAAUUGGAUGAACUGACAGUUACACACCGGGGGAUUUUUGUUUGUGUGCAAGGAAACAGACUGUGAGUCACCAAGCUCAAACACCACGUCCUCCUUCAUGUGUCGAUAGUGAAACUAUUUUUCUAGAAAUUGUAAAUGUACAAACCUUUAGCGUUGAUUUGCAAGCAUCGGAUCAUAAUCAUUAAAACUGUUUUUGGACCGCCGAUGUAGAGGUGAAUAAAAGACGUUUUGCAAAGA